CUAGCGCCGUGAAAGACCGCCCGCGGAAAAGAGGCAUACACAAUAUAUGUCACGUGAUUGGACUGUCACCUAUUUGGAAAAAAACGACAUAUUAAAAAAAGAAAUGUCACAGUAUUUCACAACGUGUCCAGACGAGAGUCAGGUGUCACCCAAACUCCAGUGUUGACAGUUGAGGCACGCCCCUGCUGAGUCUAUUAAGCCUGUAAUGUACCAGGGCAUCAAGAAGUCUGCUGAUUUUGUGCCAGGGCACCGAGAAGUCUGUUGAUUAUGUAACAGGGCACCAUAGGCUGAAACACAUUAAAAUGCAGACACAAAAUUGUGUUUUCGAUAUUAAUAUAUGAUAGGCAUUAUCAAACAUUAUCGCGUGCUAUGGAGUCAUCCAUUAAAAAAUCUAACUUAGACAUUACGAAAGAGAUCUCAACCUUUAAUAUAUAGAUGUAUUGCUGUUUGUAAAUAUUUUUUUAAAGAAGAAACAGUGUAACAACUAAAAUUAUCAAUUUAAAUCUAGAAAAAUAUUUAAAAUUAAUUCCUAGAUAAAUGUUUACAGUGUGGGCUAAUUAAAACAAACUCGUUUUUGAAAUACUAUAUGUAUUCAAUGAGUUGCUUCCCUUGUGUCACUCCAAAAAUAAAACAAUGACAUUUCUCAUGGUCAGCUUCAACUUCUUAAUUUCGAUUCUAAUUUUAUUGCUUCUGUUGGCCAGCGGCAAGACUGCCAAUUACGUCAUUCUGUCCAUUUCCAAAGAAGGCCUUCGAGAAGUCCGCAUAGCCUACAAAAACAAGUUGGUAAUGGAGGUAUCGCUAGCAGACGUCCCCUCGGCCAACGGCGUUGUUUUCAGCCGUGCCACGGACGGGCAGCUAUUGGUCGAGACCGUGUCACGCCACGGGCUGAUCGAGGACUGUAACGUGCUGGCAUCGUCUAUCGACGUAGCUUCCUUCACGACCGACUUCGAACGAGUUCAACCGGAAAUCAAACUUCGGAGCGAGUCGGAAGUGAUGGAUGUUUACAUGGGAAUACGAAACUUCUCUACUUUGUACUCUCAUGACAAACAUCCCACUGACAGACCGCAUCCACAAAAGACGUCCCAAAACCUUGAUCUUAAAUGGCAGAAGCAAAAACUAACAGCCAAGCUUGGCGCUGUGUCCAACAGCACAUUUCUGUCCUCAUUCCUUCGUUAUCUUCGUAUAAAAAGACUAGCUAGUGACUGCAAUAAAUAUUACCAAGAGGCGCAGAGCCGCCUCGAGGCGCUGAAUCUGCUCGUAGAGAACUCUGAAGCCUUGGAGCAAGAGUCUUUGAGGCUGCACCUGGACGAGUCCCGCGUAAGAAAGCUGUUUGGGAAAAGGCAGCAUCGACGACGGCAUCAUCACCCUCACCCACAGCAUCACGAGUUGUCGAAUGGCGCCGGUGCCUCCAUGAUCAACGCGACGUCUGCUUUGACGGAUCCCUCAUUUGAAGAGGUGACAUCUGUAGACUCCCGAGUAUGGACGUCUUCGCCAGCAGACAGACUUGAUUGGAACAAUGACACUAAGCUGUCGUCUGCUAAUGUGGCAGAGAACCAGAUGUGGAUUAACGAAACUUCGUUGACUGCUGCUUCUUUAUCGUCGUCAGUUUCUCAUUCAUCAACAUCAUCAUCGAUAUUGUCUUCUAAUUCAUCAACACCGACAUUAGAUUCCCACAAAACAACUUCAAAUCUAUCAACAUUGUCUACUAAUUUAUCAACACAGACAUUAGAUUCACACGAAUCCACUUCAAAUCCAUCAAUAUUAUCUUCUAAUUCAUCAACACCGACAUUAGAUUCCAACCAAUCCACUUCAAAUCUAUCAACAUUAUCUACCAAUUUAUCGACAUCGAGAUUUAUUUAUCCAGAACCAAUUUCGGAUACAUCGAUUUCAUCUUCCAAUUCAUCAGCACCGACAUCGGAUUCCCAAGAAUCAACUUCGAAUUCGUCGAUAUUAUCUUCUAAUUCAUCCAUAUCAAACAUAUCGUUGAUGUCUUCCUUUUCCACAUUAUCAUCCCAGAAUGCAUCGCAACAGACUUUAAACGGACUAUUACCCAAUGAUCAUGUGUCUAGAGCAACGGAUCCCAUUGAAAGCAGACUUAAGACAGCGCACUCGACUACAGACAGUGAAACGCUUCCCGGAUCUGACGUCUCAUUCCAAUCCCAUGAUGCAGAGGCCACUCACCCCAUAAAUGCAACAUCUGGUCCCGACACGACAGGCGAGAUGACAUCAAGGUCAAGGCCGAAAAGGGAUUUGUUGACAGGAUGGAUGAUAUUUCCGGGAACAAAAUGGUGCGGCGAUGGUGAUAUUGCAGAGAACAAGCACGACCUGGGCCACCAUGUUGAACUGGACAAGUGCUGCCGCCGACACGACCUUUGCCCUCUGGUCAUUCCAAGGCUCUCGUGGAAGUACGGGAUGUUUAAUUACAGGCUACACACCAUCUCACACUGCAGGUGUGACCGCAAGUUCCGGAAGUGCCUGAAAGCCUCGGAGUCACCUUUAGCUCAUCUGAUUGGUCAGAUUUUCUUCAACGUCGUGGGCCCACAGUGCUUCAAGUUCAGACAGGAGACGACGUGCGUCCAGAGGUUCUGGUGGGGCGGCUGUCGGGAGUGGAGUGAGACGAAGGUGGCCUUUGUGAAGAGACAGCGGCGGUUUAAAUGACCCAGUUCAAAACUUCAACAAGUUUAAAGCUUUUGAAACGCCCCUGGGAUACAUUCAGUAGGAAACAUACACUCAGUAACUGUUUGAAUAACGUUGAAGGUAUUAUUAGAUGUGUAUGCAGGGGCGGAGUUGUGUGUACAGAAUUUCUCAGAUUGGAGGUAAGGGGCUCUGCUGCUGAAUCUUAUUUGAAACUAUCGUUUCUUCACGGAUGGCUGUCAGGACAAGUGCUAUGUGUUUUGGACUGUCGUCUCGAGUGCCGCUAGUUCGAAACCUAUCCGCUGCCCUCCACAGUCUGAAUAAACUUCAUUUCUGAAAGAACUU